AUGGUGAACUUAUACAGGAAACUAAGGAAAACAAAGGAACAUCUGAAGACAUGGAAUAAAACGCACUUUGGGAAAAUCCAACAACAAGUGGCUAAUGCCAAAAAGACUCUGGAUAGGAUCGAAAGUUCCAAUAAUAUGCAGAUUGCGGAGUUUGAUGAAGCUAGAGCCAAGUUGAAUGAGGCGCUUAGUAGGGAAGAGAUCUUAUGGAGACAAAAGUCUCGUGUUGCUUGGUUAAAAGAGGGAGAUCGUUGCACAAAAUUCUUCAUCGCCUCAACGGUGAUUAGGCGUAGAAAGAAUUUCAUACAGACUCUGAAGAAGGAAAAUGGCGAAUGGGUCAACGACAUCAAGGUCAUUGCAAAGAUGUUUAUCGACAAGUUUAAUGGCACCUUCUCCAAGAAUCCUUUUACAAGUUCACCAGAGGAGAACAUAGUGUGUAAUAAUCUGAUUACUGAGAGUGAUAAUAGGAAUCUUAUAUGCAUUCCUUCAGCCAAAGAAAUAGAAGACUGUCUUAGAUCGAUGGGGCAUGAUAAGGCUCCAAGCCCAGAUGGGAUGCCGACGGGAUUUUACCUUCAACAUUGGAACGUGGUGAAACGGGAUUUCAUUGACAUGGUGACACAUUUCUUUUUGACAAUGGAUCUUCCCCAGUUUAUAAACAACACUAACAUUGUGUUAGUUCCAAAAAGAGAUUGUCCCACUGGGGUCAAUGACUACAGACCGAUUGCGCUAUGCAAUGUAGCGUAUAAAUGCAUCUCCAAAGUUUUGGCUCUCCGGUUGAAGCAUGUUCUGCCCUCCAUCAUAUCUCCGGAGCAAACCGCUUUCGUUCAUGGAAGACUAAUUGCGAAAACACCGCAAAGUAGCCUAGGGGAAAUCGUUCACUCUAUGAGUAAGAAAAAAGGAAAGAAAGGAUUUAUGAUGAUCAAACUUGAUAUGGAGAAGGCCUAUGAUAAGAUGGACUGGAGCUUUAUCCUGGCUACUUUGAAGGGGUUAGGUUUUCAUCGAACUUUUGUUAAUUGGGUGGAGAAAUGCAUUAUGGCCAAACAAAUGGGGCUGCUUAUUAAUGGCUCGGUCCAUGGAACUCUGUCCCCUUCCUGUGGUCUUCGUCAGGGCGACCCUCUCUCCCCUGCUCUCUUUAUCAUUGCAGCUGAUGUUCUCUCAAGACUGAUUGCGGGUAGAAAGGCAGAGGGUCGUCUGGAAGGCUUCAAAUUAUCUAGAGAAGGGCCGGCUGUCACCCACUUGAUGUUUGCAGAUGAUUUAAUUUUAUUUGGGCGAGCUUCUUUGAAGGAAGCUAAAGAAUUCGUUAAAUGCCUUGAAGACUAUUGCUCUUGGUCUGGACAAGCAGUCAACUACCAAAAAUCAACAGUGUUCUUCUCUAAGGGGGUCCUUGUGAGAUGUGCAACAGAUAUCGCGGACCUGCUAAAUAUGAAGAGAAUGAAGAAGGAUGCCUCUUACCUGGGGCUUCCCCUCUUUAGAUCACUGAAUCGAUCAAAGGAUAUGCGGUUCUUGGUUGAUCGUGUUCUACAACGAGUGAAAAGUUGGAAAACUAGACUCCUAUCGAAAGCUGGCCGAGCCUGCUUAAUCCACUCAGUCGGAUCAUCCCUAGCUACUUAUGUCGCUGCCUCGGAUCCGAUACCAAUUAAUGUGGUAAACACUGUGGAUAAAUGCCUAAGGGACUUCUGGUGGGGAGAUACUGAUGAAAAGAGGAAGAUGCAUCUCAUGGCUUGGAAUGCUCUAUGCCAGUCCAAGAUGAGAGGUGGUCUGGGAUUCAGAAGCGGCGGAGUGAUAAACAGAGCCUUUAUGACAAAGUGGGCUUGGAAAGCGCUCACUGAUCGAUCAAGCGUUUGGAGUGCGGUGAUAAAUGCAAAAUACAUAAAAGACCAAAACUUUCUACUGCUUGACCGAAAGAGAGAUGACUCGGCCAUGUGGAAAGCCAUUCUAGAUGCUCGGAUGGUGCUAGAAAAAGGCAUCUGCAGGAAAAUUGGAAAUGGGGAGAAGACUUCCAUUUGGUUCGAUCCUUGGGUUCCUACCCCCAACCGUACCCCCACACCUUUAAAGGAUGUGUCUCAUGGAGUAGCUUGGGUUGAACAGUUUAUUCUAAGAAAUAAUCGCUGGAAUUCACAAAUGGUAAGAGAAUGGUUUAAUCCGACAGACGCUGCUGCAAUCCUUAACAUUGAUUUACCUGAUGAGCGUGUGGAGGACUCAUGGUUUUGGAUUGGGGAGCAAAAUGGCAACUUCUCCAUAAGGUCAGUUUGUAGACCCAUCAAUGGUGAUCAGUCCGCCAAUACUGAGAGUGAUAUGUGGAAACUCAUUUGGAACUCCCCACUACAUAUGAGGCUCAAAUUCUUAUGGUGGCAAUUGUUUCGUGGGAUUCUUCCCACCAAAGAUAAACUAGCCCCAUUUUUGGAUGGAGUUCUAGGACCUUGUCCUAUGUGUAAGGAGGAGUGUGAAACUUCUUUUCACCUCUUUUGGAAGUGCAACUUUGUUAAGGCCAUUUGGUUUAGCCUUGGAUGGGGCAUCCGAACUGAACUAGUUACCGCCACUAGUUGGAAGGAUUGGCUUGAUUGGUUCUACAAAGGUCCGAAUCUCCCUCCGAACGUUGAAUUUUACGAUUUCAUGGUUACAUCAUUAUGUAUUGUGGAAUCUAUUUGGCGAGAAAGAAACCAAAGAGUACAUGCAAAAAAGGACACUGAGUUGGUGUUGAUCAUAGACACGGUCCGCCAGAAGAUCCUUGACCAUGUCAUGGUUGCCUCGAAUACAGUUGAAGAGGUUCUAGAAUGGACUCCGCCUCCACCCUCAUGGGCCUGCUGUAACUCCAAUGUAGCAAUUUCUGCUACAGGCUGCGUGUUAUCUGCAGUCAUUCGAGAUGACUCGGGUACAAUUCUUUCCAUCACAGUUAAGACAGGUAUGGCAACUUCACCUAAGCUUGCUGAAGCUCACGCAGUGUGCCUGGCAGCAGAAAAGGCGAUUGAUUUGGGUCUGAAAAAAAUCAUCUUCCAAUGUGACAAUCGUUGUGUCGUGAAAGCAUUCGAUGCUCCUUUGUCCAAUUGUGUGGACUUCAGUCUGCAGGAAGCCAAAUCAAGGUUUCUUCACGCGUGUGACAAGAUGAAUGACUGGGGUAUUGUCCACAUCUCGCGCAAAUGCAACUAUAUGGCUCAUAACAUUGCAAAGUGGGCUUCUAAUUCGAGAAUAAUGGGCUGUAUUAAUCCUGAGGUGCUGGACGAAUCUGUUCUUGAUGACCUCACGGAGUGGGAUCCUGGUGAUAUGUGA